CCGUUUUGUUUGGUCUCUCUCUCUACACCCCCACCCCCGUGCGCAAGGGUGGGGGGGAGUUAUUGGAAACGUGAAACAUUCUACUUACUGAUGUUAUUUUAAACCUCACACUACUUGGGCAGGAGAAUGGCUGGAAAGUGCAGGAAGGGAAAGAGGAGGGGGAAAGGAGAAAUGGAGAAAAGGAAGGCGAAAAUAACCUAAAACACACACACAUACACAGAGGAGGAGGAAGAGACGAAAAAACAAGGAAAACUAAAGUUAGCAAAGCAGCGGCGCUGAUCAGCAUGCACACGUAUGGCCGUGAGUAUUUGACUAAAUGACGCGGAUUGAAAUCUGGGAGAAGUGGGCAUGAAGUGAAUGACUAAAUCCUUAACCCGAUUGUACCUCAGAAAGUCCUGAUACAGCUGACUGAGAAAUUAGGUCUCCCCUUUUCAAACAGACCGUUGCUCCUCUGAAAUAUUCCUGGGGAUGUAGACUGGCAAUUAGUUCCUAGCCUUUAUUUACCGUUGCUUUGGUUUCCUAGCGUUUAGUUACCUUUACUUGGAACUAGACACUUUAAUAAUUACUGAAGUCCCUUUAGUCCCACCAACUUGGAAGGAGACAGGCAAGUUUAUUUCACUGGCUCUCCAACCAGGCGGUUCUUUCUAAGAGUGAUUUCUCAUUUCCUCUGAACUGGGAGGCAGAUUUUCCUUCCAUCCUCAAUAUUAGCUGCUCGUUUUGUAUACGGAUGGUUGUGCUGUUUCCUCGAUGAUGUGUAUGUGAAUGUUUGCCUAGGGGAAGGGCAACCGGAGAAGGGGGGAAAUGGGCAUAUAACUAUGGUCACCUAUCUAGAGAGCGAGUGCCCUUUCAUCAACCCCGAAAUGUCAUUGUUUUAAUCUUCCCUUUGAAAGCACUGUAGAGAUUGCCCUGAAUGGUAGACAGAUCAGAAGUCCACGUAUUAUUGUGUCUGGUGGUGGGGGUGGUGGGUGUUUGUCCAUAUGUGGCGUAACUUCCAGAUUUCAAACCAUGCCUCCCCACACACCCCUGUCUAAUAUAGAGAAUUCUCUGUAUUAUUCACCAAACUGUUGCCAUACUGGUGUGUGAAAUAUAUGUGUGUGUGUGUGUUUGUGUGUGUGUACACACCCCCACCCCCCACCCCAUCAAGGGUCUGGGGAGAGCGAUGGCCUUUCUGUGAGCAUCCUUUGUCUUGAUUAGCAUAAUUUUCCUGGCCUCUAAUGCCUCCCUGGCCCUUCACUCUUUCAUUCCCUCUUUCUUCUCACUCCCUCCAUUCCAUCUCGCCCACCCCCACCUCUCCUGCCUGCCCCGGACUUCCCGAGGCAGCUGCCUCCUUUCUCCCAACAAACGCCCCCUUGGGCGUGCAAGGUUGCAUAGGCAGCCCUCUGGCUUUUCCGAGCGAUCUGGUCCAGGGGAGAGCUUGUCCGGGGGUAGCGGGGCACGACUCUCGCUCGGCCCCAGGGGUGAGGUGGGGGGCGUGGAGGUCGGGGCUGGAGCGAGGUAAGGACAGGGCUCUUCUUCGGAGGCAAGCCGAAGAAAGAUCUUCUUGGGUGUCCCCUUCCCGAUGGAGGCAGGGCUCCUCCCGUUCUGAUUCAUGGGCUCGUCCUGCCGGAGAUGACUUGAGCGGGUCCCCAUCCCGGAGGAGCUGAAGGCACUUAGUGGUCGGGGCGGAGGGGGUGAAGUGAAAGGGGGAGAACCUGAUCCCCGGGCUGGCAGGGAACAACUGUCGCCGAGCCUCCAAAGACCAAUGCUGGCUUCCGCCUCAGUCGUCAGAAUUAAGGUCUACCAGGAGAGGCCAUUGGAGGAGAAACGUCACGUGACAGAGGGGUGCCAAUGUUAUUCUUUAAGGGUGUCAAGACCCUGUCAGUUUGUGAAAUAAAUAUUGGGAAACAACGAAAUGCAAAAAGCGACCUACUACGACAGCUCUGCGAUCUAUGGUGGCUAUCCCUACCAAGGAGCAAAUGGUUUCGCUUACAAUGCUAGUCAGCAGCAAUAUCCUCCACCUUCUGCUUCAGCGCUGGUGGAAACCGAGUACCAUCGACCUGCAUGCUCUUUGCAGUCCCCCGGCGGCGCCAACAGCACCGUGUCCCACCACAAGGCCAAUGAAAUCAGCGAGAGUUGUAUGAGGACCAUCACCGGUCAGUCUCUCCAGCCCCCAGUCUUGCCAGAGCAGCCCCAGCAACAGCCUCCGGCCCAGCAGGCACCACCACUGCCCCCUCCUCCGCCCCCAUCCGUGUCACCACCUCAAAAUGCCACCACCAACCCCACCCCGGCCAACACCACCAAGAGCUCCAUCCUGAACUCGCCCACCAUGUCCAAACAAAUCUUUCCCUGGAUGAAAGAGUCUCGGCAAAACACCAAGCAGAAAAACAGCGGCUCCAGCUCAGGUGAGAGUUGUGCUGGUGAUAAAAGCCCCCCGGGGCAAGCUUCUUCUAAAAGAGCUCGCACGGCUUACACCAGUGCCCAGCUGGUAGAACUGGAAAAGGAAUUUCACUUCAAUAGAUACCUUUGCAGGCCACGAAGGGUAGAGAUGGCUAACCUGCUAAAUCUCACAGAAAGACAGAUCAAAAUAUGGUUUCAGAAUCGCAGGAUGAAAUACAAAAAGGAUCAGAAGGGCAAAGGCAUGAUGACCUCUUCUGGAGGACAGUCCCCCAGCAGAAGUCCUGUCCCUCCAGCUGCUGGAGGCUACCUGAAUUCUAUGCAUUCCCUCGUCAACAGUGUUCCAUAUGAGCCCCAGUCACCACCAUCUUUCAACAAGACUCAUCCGAAUACCUACGGCAUCUCUACAUCAUAUCCGGCUCCUCUCAAUAACUGCCCGCCUCCUCAAAAGAGAUACACCGGAACUGCAGCAGUGACGCCUGAAUACGACCCCCAUCCUCUUCAAGGCAACGGUUAUGGCAAUCCACAUAUACAGGGAAGCCCCGUCUAUGUUGGGGGCAAUUAUGUGGAUACCAUGGGGAAUUCGGGACCAUCCAUCUUUGGUCUAACUCACCUCCCUCACCCUUCCUCUGCCAACAUGGACUAUAGUGGGGCAAUGGGCAACAAUCAUCAUCAUGGACCUUGUGAUCCACACCCAACAUACACAGAUCUUACUUCUCACCAUCCUUCUCAGGGAAGAAUUCAGGAAGCACCCAAACUGACCCAUCUGUAAUAUACCAUUGGUUAUAUAGUGAAUCUUAAAAACUUCCCAACCUUUUUUUUUUAAGCAAUGGGAAAAAAAAACUUUUAAAUUCUCCCCUCCCACCCCCGCCCAACACACACAGUUUUAUUUGGUUCUGGGUUUUGUUCUGAUGUGUUUCUUUUUGGUAAAAUGCGUUUUCCAGUUUAUGUGACGUAGCAAUAUUUGUUGCUUGAAUUGCUCUCUAGUUUCAAUAGUGGAUAUUUAUCUCCUGAACUCUUGCCUUGUGAUCUCGCUUUGAGAGUAUGCAUAGGCUUUAUACUCUUAACUUCGACUCUUUUAUCAAAACAGGGUAUUAUGAACAAAUUUUCUAAACAGACAGUUCUUAAAUGUGAAUUUGUUCGUACAGAAUCAGUCCCACCUGGGAAACAUUUUUUAUUUUAAUUGCACUUCUUUUAGAUAAUGAGAAAAAAAAGGCGCUUGAACAGGGGCUCCCUGAGCAAAAUGAUUAAUACGUGUACGUCUUUCAACGUGUGUAUGCUGGUGAACUUUCAGAUUUAUUUAUAUUUUUUGCAAACUUUGAAUAAUCUAAGUGUUUAAAUUUUUUAUUUAUCCCCAUCUGUUCAUAUUUAUAUAUAUAAAGAUAUUAAAAAAAUAAACUUCUGUACCCUGAGUAUUCAGGAGAUAUUUACCUGGCUAUAUGUUCAAUGGCAUACAAAGAGAAUAUCAUUUGAAAAAAAACCAGAAUUCUUUUAUUUAAAAAGGAAAAGAAAAAAUGCAAUAAAAUCUGGAAAACAACACGUCAGGGUAGGAAAGGAAAUGGAUGUCUGUAGACUAAACUAAGUAGAAAACGGGUAAACCCGAAUUUGACAACAAAGAAUAAUAGAUUUGUUUUGAAAACGAUACAUUCCUUGCUGCUCACGUUCUUAAAACUAAAUAAAUAAAUAAAAGUUUUUAUUCUGAAUAAUAGAGAUUUAAGGUAAGAUCAUUUGAUUGCCAUCCUCCACCCCCCACCCCCAAAGAAAAAAAGGAGCGAAGAAAGAGAACUUCGAGGAACCUGGGUUUUAAAUACACAAAUUCCCAAUAGCCAACUUUUAAUUUUUUCUCCCUCUUUUUUCUGACUGGGCUUUUAAAGCAGCCAAAAAUUAAGUAACUAUUUCCAGAAGGUACACGCGCUCGUCUGUUGCCUUAAAACCUAACAAAGCCUCUUCUUAAAGGCUGGUCGAACAAGCGUUCGUGUUCUCGAGUCCAUAUGCAGAUACCGUGGCUAUUUUCCUGAGUCAGCGCUUGUCUAGCGACCUCUCCACAUAAAGUCAGACGCGCAGGGCGCUAAACUGCUCCAAGCUGGAAAAGAUCCCGGUUUGUGACCAUGGCUGAUUGUCGGAAUCUCUCUCUGCAGAUGUUUUUCGGGACCGUAGUCCUAGGUAGUCCCGGUCUCUCGGCUUGGCUACGGCUGUUCUCUGCAGCGUGGACUCGAGUCCAAGACGGGCGAGGUGGGGGAGAAACAAAGACUGUUUCUGGAGGAGCCUCUUCCUUGAACGAAGCUCAGGUGCUGUAACUUCUCUCUGGAGGCUGUAGGCUGAUUCGCCGCUCGGGCGCAGGCUGUUCUCUCCUUCGCCCUGUCGGGAAGCCCUCUGCGCGAGGGGAGCCCCUUGAAACGAUCGGGGGCUUUCUACCCCCACACUUUCCCUCUGGGGGACAAAAUGGACAAUCGAGGAACAGUGAUGGGCAAGUUUUGUUGUUUUUCUAAAGAGACGAAAUUGAAUAAGAGUCCGCCGACUUAAAACGAGCGCGUGGGCUCAUAUUUGCUAUGGCACGGAUUCAAAGCACAUUUGUUUACAGGCAGAUACAAUUUAUCAUCCCAGUAAUGAAGAAACGGAUUCCGCAACAAUAAAUCUGUUCGCGAGGCGACCUGAGCAGCUGAGAAAGAGCUGUUUCUUACAGUCUCCUCCAUCAACUAACCGGCUUCUCCUCUCUGGCUAUAAGAAUUGAGGAAUUGUUAUCAUUCCGCACAUCUUGUUAAUUUAAUUUCCUUUCACAUCCCAGUCUUUCCCACUCUUUCUAGAUCAGAGACAGAAGGGGAAAUAGAAACAAAAUCAUCUGUAUAAUAUAAGUGCACGUAAUAACCCCCCCCCCAAUAAACACAUGCGUACACACAUUUUCUAAACAAACGUUUGAUGUAGCCCUACAAGAUCGUUUCUGUCCCCUCAAAUACAUCUGUGCUAACAAACAUGGCGAAUUCAUGGACGGAACCCUCCCCCCUUUAUUUUCAAACAAGAAAACAUGUAAUUUAAAGACAUGAGGUUUAUUCCCUGUCUCGAAGUAUGUACAUGCAGGUCUGCCUUAAUAUGAAUAAGAAGGUAGGAUACGUCACCACAUGAUCUAGCCAUUCUGUUUAAUCUCAAUAAAUUUGCCACCAUAUUAGUUUCCGUUUCUAAAAUAUUAUCAAUCCUCUUCUUUUUUUCACCCAAGAAUCCCUCUGGUUUUUUUUUCUUCCUGUUAUAUCUCUCCUCCCCUCCAUAUCUGAAAAAGCUUCCAGUGGUCAGUGAUUGUGCAAUUAUACGCUAUUCCGCAUUCUAAUUUUGCAUUCCAUACUUACGGCAUUUUAUCUUCGCUUAACCAUUUUCCACGUAUACUUACAGCUGCGGCUCCAGACUGAAGAGGGAUCACCACAUCUAUUGAAAUAGCAAAACUAUUUAAAAGAGAGUUAUGGGGUGGAGGAAUCAGUUUGAAGCUCCAGAAUGUAGCUUUUGGAAAAAGAUGAAGUGGAAAGGGAUUGUGGGUGUUAUUUUUCUCUUCAAAAUUAAUCGAGGAAAGAGUGCAUUAUAUCAAUGCAUUAUAUCAAUUUAUGACAUUCAAAAAGCGAGAGCAAGAGAGAAAGUGAGAGGGAGAAACCCCUGGCUAGAAUGAGGACAGAAGAGCCGAUCCUUAAGAAGACAUAUAAGAGAAAGGAAGUGGUUUUCCCCCCCUUUCCCAUCUGAUUUCAAAGGCAUUUAUUUCUCCCUUCCCUUCAUGCUGCAUAUAUUUUAUCUGCAUGCCUUCUUACAGAAAAUGUGUGUUCUGGGUUUUUCCUCCACAUAGCAGCUUACAUUGUCUACUUAGAUUUCAUUUAUAGAAAACACAGAAAUAAGAAAGGAAAAAAUGCUAUUUUUUUUAACCAACUAAGGAGAAAAGCUCUUUGUUCCAGGUGGUUUUUCUAUUAGACUGCUCACCAAAAAAAAAAAAGAAAGAAAGAAAGAAAAGAAAGAAAAAGAAAGAAAAAGAAAGAAAAAGAAAAAAGAAAAAACCCAACCCACACAAAAAACAAAAAACCUUCCCAAUAACCUUCCCACACCAAUUUAACUCACAAAGCCUCAGUGAACCGAAUUGCCCCAGCCUCCUCCCUUGCUCGUCUUACCUCCUUGUGGGGUUCUUUUACACAUAACAUACAGAAGCGCGCGCAUGCACGCACACACACA